GGGGCGCUGUGUGGAAACAUGAAGACUCCUCUGAGGUCAAAGUGUUUCACUUCCUGCUCGGCGGUAAAGCGUGUGCUGCUUUGCGAAGUGCAAACGUUAUUGUGACGAAAACUUAUCAAAUCUACUAAUCCACAUACAGGAUUAAAUACAGCAGAGAUGAGUUUACCUCUGAACCCGAAGCCAUUCCUGAACGGCCUGACAGGAAAGCCAGUGAUGGUGAAGCUGAAGUGGGGUAUGGAGUACAAGGGCUACCUGGUGUCUGUGGAUGGGUACAUGAAUAUGCAGCUGGCAAACACUGAAGAGUAUGUGGAUGGAGCACUGGCGGGUCAUCUUGGUGAAGUGCUAAUCAGGUGCAAUAACGUUUUGUACAUCAGAGGUGUAGAAGAAGAGGAAGAGGACGGCGAGAUGAGGGAGUGAUGUUGGUGAAGAGGGCACGUCCUGUUGAUCUGUCUGAGUGUGAUUGUACCUCGUAGUUGAGUUGAUGUGUGUUUGUGUUUUCACCAUGUGAAACAAAUGAACGCUUGAGGGUUUUUUUUGGUUAUUUUUCAAGCUUUUUUUUUUUUUUACUGUAUAAGACCAUUUUUAUGUUGUAACAUUGUGAUACAGACACAAUAAAUGAGUAUACACUUUCUUAAA